CAGAAUUAUUGUGUCUUUCUGUCGCUCAAACAAAGUCUCUGCUGAAGAAUCGUUGUUUGUAGCAUCUCAACUAGGAAUUCGGUGAAAAGCAGAAAUUGCACCGCCACCCAUGGACUCAACUACGGAUAUGUGGAACUCCUCAGACCGAACGGUCUCCAUGCGAACGUUGGUUUAAUAAAGAAAAGACACAGCAAAGAAAAGCAAAAGAAAGGAAAUGUGACGGCGCUGCAGUGAAACUUUUUACAUGCUGUCAUGAACAUUGGCUGAAACAUGAGCUGGAAGGAGGGAAGGGAAGAAAAGCGUUGCGUGAUUUUCGGCGAAUCAGAAGCAGAAGGACGUGAAUAUAAGAGCGCCUGUUGAAUCAAACUCUUAGGUCUUUGAGGUGAAGAUCGAGAGAAACCGGUCGGCGGAUUUUGUUUCAUAUUCAAAAGCCAAAUUGUAUCCGCUGUUGAAGGAGAAUGAAGCGCAAGAACAACAGAGGGUACAAAGAGACGGUGUUUGAGAAGGAACACGUGAGCUUGGAUGACUUGAAAUACAAGUGUUUUGAAAACAAAUAUAUUAGGAAAAAUGUACCAUUGCUGUCAAUACCUGUGGAGUUCCAUGUUCCCAAAGUGACCCACGUUACAGACAGGAGAGGUCUUGAUGGAAUUAUUGAGAACGGAGGGUUCCAGGUACGAUGCAACGGAGAUCCUAGAGCUGGAAAAGGUUACGAUUUCCUCUGGUGGAGCCUCUUUAUUGGUGGGCAAGACAUUGCCAGGGCAGAGCGCCGGUUCCUGGAAGAGCGUUUCCCCAACAGGACACCUGCUCAGGCCAGCGAUCAAGAGCCGUUCCUGCACCGGUUGGCCACCUCGGUGGCCUUCCAGGAGGGCUCUCGCUUUGGGAAUUUCAAGUUCACCUUCCAGCUCUCUGAUCUGCUGCAUGAGUACAGCGAUCAGUUCUGUAACGGCAGGAAGCCCACUCUGAGGGUCUUUGAGACGGUGGUCUACAGACAGGAGAUCCUCUACUCUGUUGUGGUCCACCAUCCUCACGUCUAUUUAUUCGAUGAAUACCCACUUCUUGAAGAUAGCAGUGAUAGUAUAUGUGCUCUGAGAGGGUAUCACUUUAUCUGGCGCGCACAGGCAAUAAGUGACACCUACAAGUUCUUUGUGACGGAAGAUGACCGUUACAACGUCGUGUCUAUUGAAGAAAUGCCCAGAGAAGAGUAUUAUGUGUGGCAGAACGUGGCUCUGGCGUUUCACCUCCCGGUGGGGGACACCCUCGUCUUCAGUCACAAGCAGCUGCUUCGCAAACUCAGCGCCUGCGAACAAUUGCUUCCAAAGCUGUCCCGCGGUCCCUGGAUGAGUUUGGAGGACGCUGAAGAAGUGGUGGAAGACCUGAAGAGCUGAGCUGAGCUGAGAGAUACAGAGGAAGGUCCCCCACGAGGAACGCUGUGGCCAAACGGGGCUCGAAGGACCUUGAUCCAAAACGGUCGUCGCUUUUCUUAACGCUAUUAUACUUUUAGCUUAGCAAACACAUUUAUUCCCAUUGCUCUUGUAUGCAAAUGGAAUUUUUAACCCUUUCUGAAGUUUUCCUUCACCGAUCUCUGUUUUAUCUGCAAUCGGUUUCUUUUUUAAAAAUAAUUUGAAACAUGCUUGAUGGCGUCUUUAAUGUACCAAAUCAUUGUACUUUAAUAGAGCCAGAUGAGUCUUCUGUGACACAUUUUUACACGAAGGUGAUGUACUGUACUCUUUCUUUGACUGAACUCUGCCGCAGUACCGGUGAUGUGCAACUAACAUGUCAAUGUGUCUGUCCAUGAUUACAUGUAAUAAAAAUACGCUGAACCUC